AUGCAAUCUGGAAUUUCAGCUUCGGAGGAGCUCCAAGCCGAGUUCAACUCGCUGCUGACGUCGCCGUCAAGCUUCGGCGUCAUUGUUGGCAUUGAAAAGGAGGCGUUGGUACCCAUUACGACUCUUCCAUCCAAGGGGUCAUCCUUCCUUGAAAACUUGUCGAGUUUACAGAGUCACCUGAAGCCCAACGUCCCCCUCUAUAUGCUACUUCGCCGCUACGAUGACGUGCCCCGCCUAACGGCAAUAUCUUAUGUCCCAGACGCUGCGCAGGUACGACAGAAGAUGCUGUUUGCAUCCACGAGACUGACGCUCGUGCGGGAGUUGGGGUCGGAGCAUUUCAGAGAGACCAUGUUCGUGACAAGUGCGGACGAACUGAGCGAAAACGGGUUCGAGAGGCACGAUGCACACGCCCAGCUCGCGGCUCCGUUGACAGAGGAGGAACGCACCCUGGGAGAGGUCAAGCGCGCGGAGCAGGAGGCGGGAUCUGGCACGGGAACGAGGGAGAUCCAUUUGAGCAAGAGCUUUGCCAUGCCCAUGGCGGAGGACGCUGUCGCCGCUUUGAAAGAGUUGGGCCAGGACGAUGGACGUGUAGUGACCAUGCUGACAAUCAACCCCGACAGCGAAUCCGUGGAGUUGCUCCCCGAAUCACCCCGGCCAACGUCGAUUGGCGAGCUGGCCGGGGCGAUUUCCACCACGGAGCCCCGAUUCACGUUUUACAGAUUCAGACACAGACACGACGGCACGGAGCAGUCGCCGGUUCUCUUCUUCUACACAUGCCCACUGACGCCCGGCAACAAGUCUAUCAAGAACCGCAUGCUGUACCCAUUGAUGAAGCGAGCGGUGCUGGAAAUCGCCGCCAAGGAGGCCGGCCUGACUCUGGAGAAGAAGUUUGAGGUCGAGGAGCCGAGUGAAAUAACGGAGCAGUCCGUCAUGGACGACUUGCACCCCAAGACUACGACCAAGUCGGGGUUCAGCAGGCCGAAGCGGCCUGGCCGGUAA